CUCUGUCAAGGGCAUCGGAAAACUGUGGCUUGUCAGCCGCCGGCCRGCACGUGCAGUAGUAACAAACGUAGAUUUUUAGCAGAACCUCGGGAGACAUGGACGGGUUUGGUUCCGAUUUUUCAGCAGGAGGUGCUGGCGGGAAAGUGGACGCCGGAGCCUUAAUGGAACAGGUUAAGGUCCAAAUCGCGGUGGCUAACGCACAGGAGCUGUUGCAGAAAAUGACGGAUAAAUGCUUCAAGAAGUGCAUAGGCAAACCUGGGAGCUCACUGGACAACUCAGAGCAGAAAUGUAUUGCCAUGUGUAUGGACAGAUAUAUGGAUGCCUGGAACACCGUSUCCCGAACGUACAACUCCAGGUUGCAGAGGGAAAGAGCUCGCAUGUGACCAAUCUGUGAUUUGUUUUUUCAUCCUUUUUUUGAACUGCUGAUAAGAAAACAGACCAGCACAGAUCACUGCUGGAGGUCCACAUGGGUGUUCAACAGCAGCAGCAGCAGCAGCACAUCAAAUCUGUCAUGAAAUCUCAGACAGACAAGCAGGCGGACGAGGCCUGUGGACUCCUAGCUAUAACAGAGUCUGUAGACAUUUUUUUCCUCUGACAUCAUGUCACAGAUCACCAAUAAAAUUUAUAAUGUGUCUGUUAUACACGCAGUAACUCACCUUCUGCAUUUUUAAGGCAUAGCAUGAUAAAAUUCCCAAAUAUUGAAGUGUGUGAAUAAUAAUCAAGUUUGACAGAAACACUUUAUACACAUUGUGAUGUUUAUGACUUUAAGCUGAUAUUAAAAUGUCUGCCCAUAACCUAA